AUGGAUGAUUACGAAUCAAUGAACGUUGAUGAUCUUUCGAAUAUCAGUGUAAAUCGUGUCGAACAAGAUGAUACUGUGGUGUAUCUGGGUAAGGGUGCUAAACCCAAGCUUGGUGUUGUGAGUAAGGUAUAUUUAGUAUAUCGUGGAAAUAUGGAUGACAGUGGCGAUAAAGGGAAGGAGGAUGGAGUUGUUAUUGAUGUAUUUCCUGGAUCGGUUGGCUCUGUGGUUCGUAGUGAAGAUGAGAUUUACGUAGCAGAUCGUGGUUUCUCACUGUCGGAAUCCGUCGUUAGAAUCAGUAACCCGAAGCAGGUGGGAUUCGUUCGGAAGAUUCACGUGAAAGCUGAUGUUAUUGUUUUGCCUGAGCGCAAAAUCGUCGCACAGAACGUUGAUCUAAGUACCGCAAAAUUCAUCGAACCCUUCGCCUCUGGUGGUCAAAACUUUCUUCUGUUCGACGAUUGGAUUGGGACGGCGUUGAAAUCUGUUUUCGAAUUGACUGUCGUCUUCAGAAAUUGCUAUCGAUGCAAAAUCAAAGAUAAUGUUGAUUCCGGGAUUCUGUAUCGACGCAAGGAUUAUGGUGUUGGAAGACAGUGGGUACCUGGCGAGACGGUUAUGAUCUCCACCUCGUAUGUCCUUUCAAACAAGGCUGAAUGGGAAACAGAAAUGCCGUCGUGUUUGGUGAAACGAAAAACGAGAGGAUAUUCGCAUCAUACACCAUUUGUUAUUGAAAAGGUUUAUUUUCGCACAUCGUCGAUUAUUUUCAUCCUUCGUUGGUUAACAACGCCGUCAGCAUCAAUAGAACCACCACCCGAACGCAUAACCAAACCAGAUGUUGAAAGAAUAAUAAAACUUGAUACACUUGAAUAUACACAAGCGUUAUGUGGUGAUCGAAUGAAAAUGAAACCGGAUGAUAGGGUGACGGUUAUGCGCAAAAACGACUGGGAAAAGGUUCUGGCUGAGGAGCUCAUUGAAAAACUUCCCGAACAAGCCUUCAAAGGUAGACGUCGUCGUAUGAAGAAAUUCUUAAGUUCAAGUAGUUCGUCAUCAAGCUGUAGCACGAGAACGUCAACGAAUUCAGUGCCUCUCAAAAAAAGACCGUCAACAUCAUUUCUUUCCAGUACACACGAUCAGGGAAUUGAAUCAACAGAAGGAGAUAGAUACAACGAUGUUGAUGACGAAAACAGUAGUAAGUUAGGUGCCGAAUCACCUAAAGCAUCGUCUAAUAGUGCGUCUGGUUACGAUAAUAAUAUUAAUGGCGAUAGUGGUAAUAAUGUAGCGACUAAUAAUAAUGAUGAGGAAUGUGAUAUGGCGUGUGAUAAUGACGAGGUUACCGCUAACGAUACAUCACGAUCGCUCAACGAUAAUUGUAAUGACACUCAGCCUGCCGCCGCGGUCAAUCCACAUCAAUCACAACUUCUGUUGAAAAUGGAAGUCGGAGCAGAAGUUGAAGUAUCGAGCACUUCGCCUAAAUCACCUGCUGUUGACCAUCUUUCUCCGCUGCGUUUCGUCAAAAAGAAUAAACCGACCACUUUUAAUAUUCGUCAAAUACGUAGGAAUAAACAAAAUCGUGCAAUGAAACGUAAAGCUGCACGUUCACGUAUUCAACUGGAUAUGCGUAGUUGUUUGGGCGAGGAGUUUUACGGUGAUAUCAUGCGCACAUACUCAACGGUGGAUGUCGUUUGGAUGGACGGCACUAUUGAGAACAACGUGCGUGGCAUUGAUCUGGUGCCUUACGAACUAGAUCUUGACCAUCACGAUGAUGUACCUGGGACUAUUGUUGCCAGAAAAAUUAAUGCUGAAAAAGAAGGCGAAUACGGUAUUGUAAUAUCGGCAGAUACCGAGAAGCGAUUAGCAACAGUGCAGUGGUAUUUGUAUGACUGGAAGCGACCAAAUUCAGAACCGGUGGCAACAGAGAGAGAAUUAUGUUCGUUAUUCGAUCUGAUGCUUCAUCCAACCUAUCAGGGUCUGUGGUGGGGAAGUCUUUGCCUGAGGACUUCGAAGGAAUCGUCGGACGUACGAAGUCUUAUUGGACAGUUGAUUACAACGAAUGAAAAUGGAAAAAAUGUCUGUUCAUCUUUUCAUUUACUCAUUUAUUCGAUCCAAAUUCUCAGAAUAUUCCUUUUAAUAUUCGCCAUUCUCUAUACUGUUGCAUGGUUCAAUGGAAUAACAGAAGAAGUUUGGCCAAUUGAAAUAACAAUAUUGGUGACGAAUGAAGAAAUGGAUAUGCAUUUCGAUGAGGAUGGCACUGAUUCAGAAGAUGAUGAAACCUGGAAUAGCAUCGACUCGAAUGAUGACGAAUCUGACAUUGAUGUGAUCAAUGACCCAACGCUGGCAUCGUCGGGUUUGUCGUUAUCGAUCACGAUCACUGAAACUGCAGCGAAUGAUCACGAUUUGUUCUCAAUGAAUGGAAGAAUUCUCAUUCCUCAAGACGUUCUGAAAGUAAAGAUCAGCGGCGAUGAAGCGAUACAUUCGAAAAUCUUAGAAGACGAUUUGCAGUCGCCAUCAGAGGGUUGGUUGAAAACAAUCAAAGGGCAGGCGCUCAACUUGAGUGAAAUUCUAGCCAUAUUAAAAGAAACGAAAAUCGAAUUCGAGAAGAAGAAUUCGAUUGAUAGCCGUGAGGUUAUGGCACGGAUUAAUUUUAUUGUAGUUUGCCUCAAAAAUUCAACGUUGGCGUUACACUACACUAUGAACGAGUUCUUCUUCACCUACAUAGAAGAACGCAUUGAACGUCUGAAAUUAGAUAACGAUGACGAAAGUCGAGCGAAAGCCUCAUUGAAAUAUAUGAUCGGGUCAUUUGAGGAAAUGACCGCCGACGAGAACUGCAAAUUGGUUCUUGAUGAGGAUCACAAGUCUCCAUCACUUACGAUCAAUCAGAAACAAUUUUCGUUCUCAGCAGGCAUGCUUUUCUUCGAGAAACUUUUCAAUGAUUGGAUUGUUGAGCUGCGUUCACUAUUCGAUUCAGUCAGCGAUCCAUCUAUUACUUUAGACUGCAAUAAACAACCAUCUUUCUUCCGUGCAUUCGACUUUCUUCAGUGUUCACCAUUCAAAUUGACAUGGGAUGAUGACAACACGGGUGAACAAGCUGACGCAUCAGAAACGUCUAAGAACAAAAAGGAGACUGUAGCAGAAGACACAUUGAAAACUGAUAUCUCUAAGGGAGAUUCGGAAAAGUCAAAAGUGAAAGAUAACGAGGACGACAAAAAUAACCGCGAUAACGCUAGUCAGAAUAAAAAGUUAUCGUUCGAGUGUCAUAUGUUAGUGGAUUCGUUCGAUUUCGUCGAUAAUAUAAUGCCACAGCUGGAAGCGAGUUGGACAGAUCUGGAUAUAAAUAUGAUUAAGGAAACCUUAAAUCAAUUUAUUGGUGAAUUCUUAUCGACUGAAGCUGAAGAACACAGUAUUGAUGAUAAGACGGAUGAUCAAUCAAGGAAUAGUGUGGGAAAAGAAGAUGCGAUAAAGAAGUAUGCUGUCGAUGAUGAGGACGACAAUAAGACCGAGUCAGUCAUACCAAACUUUAACGAACUCAGCAAAAAAGAGGACAAAAUGAUGUAUUCAAUAGCGUCUGCGUUAUCGACAUAUCUCCUAACACUUCUCCACAAUAUUCUGUGCUCUUCCAAUGAAAAUCCUUUCUUUGCUUCAUAUGGACACGUUGAGUCUAGUCAGUUUUUUCAUUUCGUUGGUAUCGAGAAAAUUCAUUCAAGAUUCAGCCUUUCGAAGCUCAAAUGCAUUGAAUGUUUUCAGAAAGGAAAAUCGCGAAUUUGCUGGGAUAAUGUAAUGGAGCGUAUCGUUGAAAAGUGGUAUAUGGAAUCGAUGAAUUUCACUAAUUUACUUAAGGCAGCACUGAAGAAAUACUUUAAACAAAUAACAAAUCGAAUCAAAUUGGUUUCGACUGAAGCGUCGGGAACAGAUUCAUUGCCGAGUGCUGUCACUAACUCAGGAGACAAUAAAACCGAAACAGCUGAUGUUGAAAUGGAAGGAGAUGAAAAUGAACGGAAGCCAUCCGUAAUUUGUUUCAUCUUUCAUGAUCAUAUAAAGGUGAAUAAAGAAGAGACUGAAGUGGAUGAUGACGCGACAAACGAUCGUGUGCCAUUAUCGUCGUCAUUGACGAUUAAUAAGGAUCGUAGUCGUAGAUUUCCUGCACUUGAUUUCAUUAAUGAAGCACCGAGUACACAUGCGUUCCAUUCAAAAUCAUUAUGUGCCGAUCGUCAGUUUGCGCGUUGCGUACACAAAGAACUCGAUUUACUCUCUAAACAUUUACCUGAUGGUAUUUUCGUUCGAGCGUUUGAAGAUAGGUUAGAUUUGUUGUCAUUAGUGAUAAUCGGCCCUCGAAGUACGCCAUUCGAAGACGUCCCUCUCUUCUUCGAUGUUCAUCUACCGGCCACGUACCCAGCCGAACCACCACUUGUUCACUAUUGGGCAUUCUCACAAGAACAGCUCAACCCAAAUCUUUAUCAGACUGGCAAAAUUUGUAUCAGUCUCUUGGGUACGUGGAAUGGAAAGGGCUCAGAACAAUGGACAAGUGAAUCGAAUUUACUGCAAGUGUUUCUUUCGAUUCAAGGACUCAUUCUUGUCGCAGAGCCAUAUUUCAAUGAGGCCGGUUACGAAUCGAGAAAGAAUGCACCUGUUGCAGUGGAACGAUCUCGUCGUUACAACGAAAUGGCCUUAGUGAAUUCACUGGAUUAUUUCUAUCGAAUAAUGCGGCUUCCACCGAAGGGAUUCGAACAACUCAUCAAAGAGCACUGCCAGGCAGUUCUUCCAUCCAUCAAAAAAAGGAUUUGGUCAUGGCAGUCGGGUGAGGCUGAGCCAGAAUUUCCGUUGUGUCCAAUUUCGGAAGGAUGCAAACUUUCACUACGAAAAAUGGCUGUGAUAUUAGGCACCGUGAACGAGGGCAGCAGUAAAGAAGUCGAUGAGAACGGCGACGUUGGUACAACUGAAACGGUCUCUUCGUGUCCUUCUUAA